AUUGUUUUUCUCUCUCUUGCUCUUGCCAAACCCUAGUCUGAUCAUCAACCCAGAAUGACAUCUUUGAGGCAGAAAAAUCACCCAGCACCCAAGACUAGGGGAAAUUGGUCAAUCUGAUGAAAGGUUCCUUUCCCUAAAGUUUCAGUUUGUCAUUCCAACUCAUAGUUUGUCCCUCCUUCCAUUUCCUUGGUUCUGGACUUUAUCCCAGAGCUCUCUGAUGCCUCAGACUUUUACCUGCUUUUAUCCCUGUUAGGUGCUUUCAUUCCUUUUCCAGAAGGCAGGCAUCCUACCUCUAGUUCCAUCUUUUGUCCUUGAUUUCCUCUAGCCAAACUGGUUUGAGGCAGUCACACCCCUUUACAAGCUCCUGGGGCUUUAAAGGUGGUGGCGGGCCACCCAACCACACCGCUGGGCUUGGCUUGGAGCCCUGAGUCAGCUCCAUCUCCACCCAAGCCAAAUCAAACCUGAGGCAGAAGCUGAAACUCAAAGUUCCUCAAGGCCUAUAGCCAGGUGAUGGAGGACGAGGAGAAGGCAGUGGAGAGCUUGAUGAGCAACAUGGAAGCUGCUUGUUCUCCAUCCCCCAUUCACUGCUGCUGGCUCCGCCUCCGCUGCUGGGCAGCUACUAGCAUUAUCUGUGGCUGCUCUUGCCUGGGAGUCCUGGCACUUGUGUUUGCCAUCAAGGCGGAAGAGCGGCAUAAGGCAGGCCGGUCCGAGGAGGCAGUGCACUGGGGGGCCCAGGCCUGGAGGUUCAUCCUGGCCAGCUUUGCUGUCUGGCUUGCUGUCCUCAUUCUGGGUUCCAUGCUUCUGUGGCUGCUCUCCUACGCCAUCGCCCAGGCUGAAUGACUCUUGGUGGCCUCUGCCUAGAGUCAGCCAAGACCUGGAUCCUGCAAUGCGGUAUUGCUAGGAUCCAGUGCCAGCAGUUGUCCUUCCUGGAAGGAUAGUUCCCCUUUCAAAGGACUUUGGAAGAGCUCUUCUAGCCCUUUAUAUAAGGAGGCAGCAGCUAGGACCAAUGAGGGGAGAUCAGUCUGCUCUCUUCUUUCAGUGCCUACCAUCUAUCUCCUCUUCCGCCCAGCCUCUUCCAUACUGGGACCUCUACCCAGAGGUGGGUCAAAAACCAGGCCUGAUUUUGUUAGAAUUUGUUUUGUAAUAAAAACAUUUCUUUAGUGGUGAAAUACUCCUAAUUGUUCUUCCCCUGCUUUUCCCUCGGCCCUUGGACAUCUGACUGAUAGCAGAAGUCUGCAUUUCCCCCUCCUAGGAGUUCCAAGAGAAGGAAAGUCCUCCCCUUUUCCUUCUGGAAGUUUCCUUCUUGGAAAGACCCCAGCUUUUCUCCCUUACACAUCAACAGAGACCCUGGAGGAAGGGAGGAGAACUAGUAGCAGCAGCUACUUACUUCUUAAGUGCUCAUUGUAUUCCAGGCUGUGUUCUCAUAUUUCCUAUUUUUUAACUCCUUCAGUCCUCACAUUCACUCAAUAGUAGGAUCAUUGUUUUCAUAUUAUAGUUGAGGAAACAGGCACACAUUACCCAACACUACACAGCUAGUAAGUGGUGGAGCUGAGAAUGAACCCAGCAGUUUGGUUUCAGGGUUGAGAGAGGAGUGAAAGGGUUGGAUAAUAGCAGCCACCACUCUUAUAUGGAAAUUUGCAUGGUUAAUGAAUUUUCAUAUCCUUUAUCUUAGGCCUUUUGCCUAAGAUUUUUGUGAAUUGUGAGAUAGAUCACAAUACAGGAAAAUGUCCAAAAAAAAAAACCACACAGCUCAAUAAUUUAACACAAAUCAAACAUCUGGAAGCCAAUAUUCAGUCAAAAAAUUGCUCUGCCAGCACUCCAAAGCCUCCUUUAUACCCCUCCCAAUCACUAGUCCACCCUUCCUUCACAGGUAACUACUGGUCUGACUUCUAACAAUGUAUUUUAGUUUUGCCUGCAUUCAAACAUUGUAUAAGUGGAAUCAUAUAUAUUCUUUGUAUGUCUGGCUUCUUAGCAUUGUGAGAGUCAUCACUAUUUGGAGUAGCUGUAGUUUUUGUUAUUGUAUAGCAUACCAUUAUAGGAAUAUAUUACGAUUUGUCCAUUUUCUGUUAGUGGACUUCUGGGAUAUUUCCAGUUUGGGAAUAUUAUGGGUCAUGCUGCUAUGGACCUUCUUGUACAUGUCUCUUGGAGUACACGUGCCUUGAGAAUGGAAUUUGGGGGUUAUUUGAUCACCACUCAGAGACCAGCAGAGCGCCCAAAGGAAUUAGGGAUGUUGCACACUGAAGAGAGAAGAUUAAAGGGGAAGGAGAGGCACAUGGUGGUUGUCUUCAGUGUUACAAAGUGCUCCAAGAAGAAAUGAAGACAAUCUGUAGUUGGUCCCAGGGGUUAGAAUUUACAGCAAUGGGUAGAAGCCAUACAUAGGGCAGUGGUUUUCAACUUUGACUUCACAAUGGAACCAAUGGGGAGCCUUAAAAAUUAUUUAUGCCUGGGAUUUACCCUUAAGAGAUUCUGAUAUUAUUGGUGUGAGGUGUUGCCUGGGGAAACAACAUUUUAGAGAAAUUUUUACAGAAACUUUUUCACAGCUAAUAUUUGAUCGGCUUUAAGUUUACUAGAAUAGAAUAUCCCAUUCCCCCAAACUGAUUAAAUGAGGUCUCACUAUUUUUUAACUCUUUAUUUUGAAAAGAUUUCAGACCUGCAGAAGAGUAAUAUAGUACAAUUAAGUCAUGUAUUUUUCACCUAGACUUAUUAUUUAUAAUUUUUAACCUUUCACCUAUUUGCUUUACACAGGCAUACUUUGGAGAUAUUGCAGGUUCAGUUCCCAACCACUGUAAAAGAGCAAAUAUUGCAAUAAAGCAAGUGAAUCAAAUGAA